CUUGAGAAAAGUUCCUCGUUCAGUUCGCGACCGACUGCGCGAGCGUUCGCUGCACAUCACUUAUAAAUACAAUACGCUUUCAUCUCGCCAGCGCACGGUUAAAAACAAAAAGGGCAGUGCUUCAUAGACAAAAUUAGAUAAACAGGACGAGCUACACUUCAAUAUGAGAGGUUGGUGGAUGAUAGCUGUUGUUGUGCUUGUGGCAUCAGAAAUUCAAGGAAGAGAUGUCACACACGAGGACAUCCGAGACGCCAUGUUGUCUCUGGUUCAUAUCGUCCGCGCCUCGGAGGACAAGUUGGAGCGACACGAACUACGAGAGAAAGCACUCGGAGAUCAACUCAAGAAGAUGAUGGCUGGUCUUGAGAAGAAACACAGGAACCUGGAGACAUUGAAAGGCACGAUAUCGAGACUCGACGACAGAUUAUAUAAUGUAGAGAAUAUAUUCCUGCAGAAGGAAGAGAGAGAAAAGGAAACUCAAAAGAAAACAAAUGAAGCUUUGGAAGAAAUACAGAAAUCACUAAAAUCGCUUACGGAAAUGGUAUCAAGUAACUUGAAACCAAUCAGCACAACAACCGAGAUGGACAAUAGUUUAACUCCGAAUGAGGAUCCACUAACUAAGCGAUUAGACGCGACCGACGCUAAGUUGGAUAAUAUUAAAGUCGAAAUAGAAAAACUUAAAAACAGCAUCAACAAGGAUGCCUUACAAGCAAUGUGCGCAGAAGUGGCUAUAGAUUUAAAUCAAUUAUCUGAGACGGAAAAGCUCUUGAACAAGUAUGAAUUGAAGUUAAACGAGUACAAUGGAACCGCUAGUAAAGUGCAGACGGACUUCGUGCCACUAAGUGAAGUAUCGCUGGCUGAUGAAGCUUGGCACAGUAAAAUGACUGAAGUAAUGGAGCGUCAAGAGAAAGAUAUUACCAAGAUCCGACAGUUAUUGUCUGAUGCUGAGAGCAUGUGGAAAGAUUUACCGCAUUUGGCUGACAUCAAGCGUUCAACCAAUGACACACUAGAGGGCAUUGCCGCCCUACAGCGAAACGUCACUGAUAUUAUGGAAAAGGGAGUUGCCAAAACGAACAUGAAAGUGAAAGAACUAGGGGAUAGGCUUGUUGCCACCAACGAGGACAUACAACAGAGCCUUACACAGGGCAACACCAUGAGCGAACGAGCUUACACGGACUUACAGAGGAGCUACACCAAUCUUCGAGAAGAAUUGCAAGGUUUCUCCAAAAAUGAGCAUGUGAUGCUGCAAACAGCGGACAAUGUCAUAGCUACAAAGAAACGCAUUGAAUAUGGAGUACAUCAGAUAUCAUUAGAAGUUAGCGAGCUAAUUAGAAUUCAGAGCAAUUUGUUGAACAAAACCAUGAAUGAAAGGUUCGACAGCAUAGAGUCCUCUAUAGUGACAAACCAAAGCCGCGCUAUGAACGCCCUGAGUGACAAGCUUGAGACGGACAUGUCGCAGGUGUGGCGACAGAUGGGUGUAGUGUACACUCAGCUCACAGCUAGCAGACAGGCGCUCGAUAAACUAUCGGAACAAACCGCGCAAUACGUUAAUGGAAGCUCAAGUAAAUUGGACAGCAUGAAGGAGAAGGUGAGCGCGAUAACAACACGCAUGUCCGAAGUUGAUGACAAUUUGAACUAUUUAUUAGGAAGAAUUUCAUUAGUGACUCAGGAAUUCAGUCUAAUUAAAACUGGGCUGGGCAUCGCACUGGACAAAGCGAAGAACGGCCUCGACGAGGUUCAAGCUAAACUGGACGAUAACAGUCCAGGACCGCAUCCCGUCGAGGUUAAGGCGAAUUAAUAGUGGAGUGAGGGCGCGUAGUUAUAAUGUAUGAAUAAUGUAGUCAAUGGACAAUAACUGAGCCUACAAUGCUAUGUCCUGAACAUCGGGAUCUUAAAUAAAACACGUACUAAUAACUUUUGCAAAUAUUUAAUCUUUUUCAUAAUUGUGGAUCUAUAAUAUUUAUAUUGUACAAGUUAUAUUAUACAAUUAAACGUCAAUGAUAGUGUCCCUCACAAGACAUACUCUCAGUACAAAACUGGCCUUAAUGUACCGUAUAACCACAUACAUAAUUAUUGAUCUUAAACAUACACACAAAUUAUUUGUCCACUUUAUUAUGUUUUUUUUUUUUUGAUUAUUUAAUAAAUCCUGUUUACAACCUCA